GAUUUCAAUAAAAAGGCGAGCGGACAACAGAAGCGGCUUCAGUCUCUGCUCGUCGUCUGUGUCUGUGGCUCGCUAGUUUAGAAUCUGGCGUUUCUCUUCUUUUAACCUUUUAAUUUCUUAACUGACCUUUUAUUUAUUUGAAUUCAAAAUGCUUUCCGCUCGCUCUCCUCUUUCCGUCAGGGAUGAAAACACACUCCGCAGUCAGAUCGACAACAUGUCGCUGGACAAAGAAAACACGCCCCCGAGUCUGAACACCACCCGCAUCCUGGCGUCUAAAACCGCGCGUAAAAUCUUCGACGAUACCACGCCCAAAACCGUGAAGAGCAGCAGCAGCGAGGAGGAGGAGCCGCUGCUGAAGGAGAACCCUCGUCGCUUCGUCAUCUUCCCCAUCCAGUACCACGACAUCUGGCAGAUGUACAAGAAGGCCGAGGCCUCUUUCUGGACCGCAGAGGAGGUGGACCUGUCGAAGGACCUGCAGCACUGGGAGUCUCUGAAGGACGAGGAGAGGUACUUCAUCUCUCACGUGUUGGCGUUCUUCGCCGCCAGCGACGGCAUCGUCAACGAGAACCUGGUGGAGCGCUUCACACAGGAAGUGCAGGUGACGGAGGCCCGGUGUUUCUACGGUUUCCAGAUCGCCAUGGAGAACAUCCACUCGGAGAUGUACAGCCUCCUCAUCGACACCUACAUCAAGGAGCCCAAAGAGAGAGAAUACCUGUUCAAUGCCGUCGAGACUCUGGCGUGUGUGAAGAAGAAGGCCGACUGGGCGCUCAACUGGAUCGGCAACAAGAGCGCCAACUACGGAGAGCGUGUGGUGGCCUUCGCGGCCGUGGAGGGAAUCUUCUUCUCGGGCUCGUUCGCUGCGAUCUUCUGGCUGAAGAAGAGAGGCCUGAUGCCCGGCCUGACCUUCUCCAACGAGCUCAUCAGCAGAGACGAGGGUCUGCACUGCGACUUUGCCUGUCUGAUGUUCAAACACCUGGUGAACAAGCCGUCGAAAGAAACCGUCACCAAGAUCAUCAGGAACGCCGUGGCGAUCGAACAGGAGUUCCUGACGGAGGCUCUGCCCGUGAAGCUGAUCGGGAUGAACUGUGAGCUGAUGAAGCAGUACAUCGAGUUUGUGGCUGACAGACUGAUGCUGGAGCUCGGCUUCACCAAGAUCUACCGGGCGGAGAACCCCUUCGACUUCAUGGAGAACAUCUCUCUGGAGGGAAAGACCAACUUCUUUGAGAAGCGAGUGGGCGAGUACCAGAGGAUGGGCGUGAUGUCCGGCCCCACGGACAACACCUUCAGGCUGGACGCCGACUUCUGAGGACAGAGGUGGACCCACCCGCGCGCAGUCGCACAUUUCAUCCAGAGAAACCGGUCGAUAGUCGAGGCCGUCGCUCCACGCGACAGGACGACGGUUGGUUCAUAGUGUUAACAUUAUCCUGUCACCCAGUGCAUUCUGGGACCGGCGUCAGCCCCUGCAAACUUCAGCACAAAGCCUAGAAGGUAAAUAGAUGGACUUUCACUCUUGUACAGAACAUUUUAUUAUUUUUUCUGCACCACAGCAGAAUUAUGAACUAAAACUCCAUCUUUUCUUUUUUUUUUUUCCUUUUUUAACAUAUGAUACGAGCACUGCAGCCUGUUUGUUUUUGUAAAUAGUUCAAAACUUGUUUUAUCUGCAUUUUGUAAUAAAAUGUAAACUCCAGAUUUGUAUAUUAGUACUUUUAGAAUAGUGUCUUUUGUUAAAUAUGU